UCCAGCCCUAGGGUUCUCUCUCUCUCUCUCUCUCUCUCACGUCGCUUCUCUCUCUAGCGUUCAGACGUCCGGCGAGGCGACGAGAUCAGCCUCCUAUAUUUUUCUCGGCGAGGUGAUCUCAGCCUCCUCUGGCGACGAUUGGAGUCCGUGGACAGGGGAAAUGGAGCAUCCAGAGGAUGAACGUGUAUCUGGGGAGCAACAUGGUAAACAAGAUAAUGAGGAAAAUGUUGCUCGUCUUGAGGAAUAUAAAAGAUCUAUUGAGAUGAAGCUCUCUCUACGGCAUGACAAUCUGAAUCCUGAAAGGCCUGAUUCUGGUUUUCUCAGAACACUAGAUUCCAGUAUCAAGAAAAAUACGGCUGUCAUUAAGAAGCUUAAGCAAAUAAAUGAUGAACAAAGGGAAGGGUUGAUGGAUGAAUUACGAAGCGUUAACUUAAGCAAGUUUGUUAGUGAAGCCGUAGCAGCCAUAUGUGAUGCUAAGCUUAAAACUUCAGACAUUCAAGCUGCUGUGCAGGUGUGCUCUUUGCUUCAUCAGAGGUACAAAGAGUUCUCCCCAUGCCUUGUGCAGGGCCUCUUGAAAGUUUUCUUCCCUGGAAAAUGUGCUGAAGAGCCUGAGGCAGAUAAAAGUUUGAAGGCAAUGAAGAAAAGAAGCACUUUGAAACUUCUUAUUGAACUUUAUUUUGUAGGAGUUAUUGAGGAUGCGGGCAUAUUUGUAAAUAUUGUCAAGGAUCUUACCAGCUUGGAACAUUUAAAAGACCGUGAAUCAACACAGACAAACUUGUCGAUUCUUGCCAGCUUUGCUCGACAAGGCAGAAUUUUCUUAGGACUUCAUCAGCCUGGACAAGAAGUAAAUGAUGAGUUCUUCAGAGGCCUUAACGUCACAGCUGAUCAGAAAAAGAUAUUCAAGAAAGCAUUCCACUCAUAUUAUGAUGCUGUUGCUGAACUCCUUCAAUCUGAGCAUUCUUCUCUCCGAUUGAUGGAACUUGAAAAUGCAAAGAUAUUAAAUGCUCGAGGGGAGCUCAAUGAUGAGAAUUUGACUUCAUAUGAAAAGCUGCGCAAGUCGUAUGACCAUUUAUUUCGUGGAGUAUCUUCUCUAGCAGAGGCCCUUGAUUUGCAACCUCCUGUAAUGCCAGAUGACGGGCAUACAACAAGGGUUACCUCAGGAGCUGAUGUUCCAUCUGCUUCUGGAAAGGAAUCUUCAGUUCCUGAACCUAUAUGGGAUGAUGAUGAUACAAAAGCUUUCUAUGAGUUUUUACCUGAUCUCAGAGCGUUUGUUCCUGCUGUGUUACUGGGGGAAGCAGAACCAAAACUCCAUGAUCAACCUCCAAAGACCCAAGAAGAAUCUGCUCCGGAACCACAAGACACGGAAGUGCAUGGCAUUGCAAGUUCUGCUGCCGACACAGAAUUGUCAACAGAGGGGAAAGCAGAGGAAAAAGCAAAGGAUAAGGAGGAGAAAGAGAAGGAGAAAGGCAAAGACUCUGACAAAGAAAAACAAAAAGAGAAAGAGAAAGAUACUGAGAAAAAGGGAGAAAGUGAGAAGGAGAAAGGUAAACCAUUGGAUGGGACUAGCUUGGAUGCUCUGCUGCAGAGGCUUCCAGGCUGCGUAAGCCGUGACCUUAUAGAUCAGUUGACGGUAGAAUUCUGCUACCUGAACUCAAAAGCGAAUCGAAAGAAGCUAGUGCGAGCCUUGUUUAAUGUCCCAAGAACUUCAUUGGAGUUGUUGCCCUACUAUUCUCGUUUGGUUGCUACAUUGUCGACAUGCAUGAAAGAUAUUCCAACAUUACUUUUGUCAAUGCUUGAAGAGGAAUUUAACUUUUUGAUCAAUAAAAAGGAUCAAACAAACAUUGAAACAAAGAUAAAGAACAUCAGAUUUAUUGGAGAGCUAUGCAAAUUCAAGAUUGCGCCUGCAGGUCUUGUUUUUAGUUGCCUAAAGGCCUGUUUGGAUGACUUUAAUCAUCACAACAUUGACGUAGCUUGCAACCUUCUUGAGACAUGCGGACGAUUUCUAUACCGUUCACCUGAAACAACAAUUCGCAUGGGAAAUAUGCUAGAAAUACUGAUGCGUUUGAAAAAUGUCAAAAAUUUGGAUCCACGUCAUAGUACUUUGGUAGAAAAUGCGUACUACUUGUGCAAACCGCCUGAACGAUCUGCUAGGAUUUCAAAAACUCGUCCUCCCCUGCAUCAGUAUAUCAGAAAGUUGCUUUUCUCAGAUCUUGAUAAGUCCUCAGUUGAGCACGUCCUUAGGCAACUAAGAAAAUUACCUUGGAGUGAAUGUGAACCGUACUUGUUGAAGUGUUUUCUAAAGGUUCACAAGGGCAAAUACAGUCAUGUGCAUCUGAUUGCUUUUCUCACUGCAGGCCUUAGUAGGUACCAUGACGAAUUUGCAGUAGCAGUUGUGGACGAGGUUCUGGAAGAGAUUAGGGUGGGACUGGAAUUGAAUGAUUACAGUAUGCAACAGAGACGCAUUGCUCAUAUGCGGUUCUUAGGAGAAUUAUACAACUAUGAGCAUAUUAUUGAUUCAUCUGUGAUAUUUGAGACAUUGUAUUUGAUAAUCUUUUAUGGCCAUGGAACACCAGAACAAGAUGCACUGGAUCCACCAGAAGAUUGCUUUCGGAUCAGAAUGAUUAUAACACUUCUUCAGACAUGUGGACACUACUUUGACAGAGGUUCUUCAAAAAGAAAGCUUGACAGGUUCUUGAUAUAUUUUCAGAGAUACGUGCUUAGCAAAGGUGCAUUACCACUUGAUGUUGAGUUUGACAUUCAGGACAUGUUUGCUGAAUUGAGACCAAACAUGACCCGCUGCUUAUCCAUCGAGGAAGUUAAUGCAGCACUAAUAGAGCUCGAGGAACAUGAGCACACAGCUUCAAGAGACAAGGCUAGUAGUGACAAACACUCCGAUAGUGAAUCUCAGAAGCUCUCAUCUAAAAAAGCAAAUGGAACAAGUGCAGAAAAUGGAUUAGUAGUAGUUGAGGAGAAUGGGAAGGGUGGCCAUGAUGAGGCAAUUAAUAGUGAGAGCUACUCCGACACUGGAAGCAUCAUCGAUCCUGAGAUGCAUGAGGAUGAGGAUGAGCUUCUUUCUGAUGACAAAUCCAACAGUGGAUCCGAUGGCGACGACGAGGAUGAUAGUGUGCCUGCUGCUGGCUCUGACGAGGACGAAAAUGUCCAGGUCCACCGUAAGAAUGCAGUUGAAGUUGUUGAUCCUAGAGAGGAAGAAGACUUUGAUCGUGAGCUCCGUGCAUUAUUGCAGGAGAGCCUAGACUCUCGAAAGCUUGAGUUACGAGCUCGCCCUACUCUCAAUAUGAUGAUCCCUAUGAAUAUAUUCGAGGGGUCCACCAAGGAUACAAGAGCUAUGGAAGGGGAAAGUGGAGAAGAAACAAUGGACGAUGAAGGAAGCGGAAGCGGAGGAGGAAGCACAAAGGUGAGAGUUAAGGUAUUAGUGAAGAAAGGGAGCAAGCAGCAGACGAAGCAGAUGUACAUACCAAAAGAGUGUUCAUUGAUUCAGAGCACGAAGCAGAAAGAGGCAGAAGAGUUGGAGGAGAAGCAGAGUAUUAAAAGGAGGAUUUUGGAGUAUAACGAGAGGGAGGAGGAGGAAUCGAAUGGGAUUUCGUCCGCGAGCGGUUGGUUGCAAACUGGGGGUGGUGCUAAUGGCGGCCAGUGGGCCGUGGAAAUUGGGAGGGAGCAGGGAGGGGGGGACAUCGGCAGCAGCGUUAUCAUUCCUCUGGUGGAUUUUAUCACGGAUAUUAUGGGAGGAGGAGAUAAAUAAAUAAAUAAAAUAAAGUAGAAAGAACAUUCCAUGCAAUGUGUGUUUCUUACACCACAAAUCAAAUCUUCAAGAAACGUUAUUCCUUCAUGGAUAUUAUGAAGGACGGGAUAGGAAGAGAUGGUUUUGUGAGAUGGGUGUUUCUUAUAUAAAAGAAGGCUCAUCUUCAAGAAACAAGAUUCUGUCAUGGACCUUAUGGGAGGAGGAGAUAAAAAGAGACAUGAACCUGCGUGGCGCAAGUUUCUUACCAAUGAAGGAUUGUCUUCUGAAAGGAUCUAAAUUUGAUCAUUCGAGGAGACUUAGAAUGAUAUGGGAGUAUGACGAUUCAUCCGAAACAGCAGUAUAUAUAUAUAUAUAGUGUUGACUUUGGGUAUCUAUUGGUAUGUCUGUAAACUAGACUAUCGUGUUGUUAUGACAUAAAACUAAUCUCUAGGCUUAUACGGCUUGUGUAAAAUAAUAUAUCAUUUUUCGCUUUUUGCUAAUAGUUUUUGUAUAUCUUGAUGUUGAAGAAAAAGUGGGGUUUUCACUCUGCCUAA